UGGUAAAUUCAGUCUAUUUCCUUGUUUUGGUUUGGGGUUUGGCGCUGUUUACAAAUAUCAAAAUCAGUCCAAUAUUUAAGUUUAGUCAUGUAUCCUAAUUUAAUUAAGUCCGCAGGCCUUAUCAAAUAGACUAUAAUUACAUUUUCUUUUCAAACUAAAUUCAAUGCAUUCAUCAAGGAGGAAUGGAUGAGUCAUCGGCAACAUUAAAAUCAUCAUUAUUUUAUGGUGUCAAAAGCAGAAAGAGAAGGUAUGAAAUUAAGUCACAGAUUGAAAAAAGAUUAAAAAGACAUACCAAACUUCACCUGCCACAGGAUUAUAAACCAAGAUUGGGAGGUCCAUCUUCAAGCUGGAAAACAUUCUUCAAACAGAAUGAUGCUUUUGAUUUCUGUCGAAAAACAGCAGAGGCAGACCUUCAUGUAUUUGCUUUUGAAAAACAAGUGGUUGGUGAAGAGAAAGGACAAAGAAUGUAUUUAGUUACAAGUUAUCCUGUUUUCUGGCAUUAUUAUAGACAACUUCCAUGUGACAAAAGACUUCAUUAUGAAAUUAUUCCUGAAGGUAGUGUAUGUAAGCUGUACUUUGACUUAGAAUAUUUGAUUGAAUUUAAUCCAAGUCAUAAUGGAGACGAAACAGUUGAAAUAUUUAUUAAGUAUAUUUGUUACUGGUUAAAGAGAAUGUAUAAUAUAGAGUGUAAUAGAUGUAAUGUACUAGAUCUAGAUGCUAGCACUGAUAGAAAAUUCAGCCGCCAUCUUAUUUUCCAAUUAAAUGAUGUGGCCUUCAGAAACAACAUAGAAGCUGGUUAUUUUGUAAGUUUUAUUAUGAAAAGAUUACAAGAAGUGGUAAAACCAUGUGAGACAGGUCGUAAUAUAUCUGAUUCUGGUAUAGAUCUUUCUUUAGAUAUAGAAGAAGAUGAAAAUGCUGUGGAAACAAGAGAAAAACAGAUGUUUGUCGACCAGGAAUCUAAUGCUUUAUCAUCAAUAAAAUCUGUUUCAAAAGAUGUAGAGAAUUUGCCUGAGGCUAAUAAACUGGAGUCAACUACAUGUAACAGUGCCACAUCUACUGAUACAUUACAUGAAAAUAUUCAAAUACAAGCUGACUUAAAGGAGGAAUUUAAUGUUGAUGAUUUGAAAUCAUUGUUAGUGUAUAGAUCAUGUGAUGGUGAUGUUACAUUUGUUUGUGAUACAGGUGUUUACACAAAGAAUCGAAAUUUUCGUCUGUAUUUAUCUAAUAAACUGGGAAAGAGAAAUCCUCUCCUUCUUGCUAAAGAUAACAAAUAUAAAGCUAGAAAUAUUGGUAAUAUAGAAAUAGAUGAACUCUUGUUUAUAGAUUCUCUUAUAUCUAAUGUCAGCCAUACAGAUAGUUUACGAAUUUUGUCUUUUGACCAAAGAGAACCAGUUGACAAGAUGUUCAAUUUAAGAAGUAACACAGACAAAAAUAUUGCAGAGACUAUAGAAGGAAAUGAGCGUUCCCCAUAUCCCGAGAUAGAUAUGUUUAUAUUUCAACUGGUGAAUGGUGAUAAGAAGAAAGGUUUUAUAAGACACUGGACAUAUUUUACUGCUGGUGAAUUGUUGAUAUAUGAUAUAGGUAGAUAUAGAUGGUGUUAUAAUAUUGGUAGACAACAUAAAAGUAACAACAUUAUGUUUGUGGUUGAUUUAAAGAAAGGUGUUUAUUAUCAGAAAUGUCACGAUCCAGACUGUAAACUACAAGGUUUUAAAUCAAAAGAUGAAUAUAUUCCACAAGAAAUUUUACCAUCUUAUUAUUUAGACGAUUUAUUUGAUUCGGAUGAAGACGAUUUUCUUAUGGCAGUAGAACAAGCUGAAGAUAAUUUACAAAAUAAAACACAAACCGAUGAUCUGUCUGAUAAUGAACUUAUGUUUUUUGCUGAAGAAUUGGAAAAAGGAGAUAUGACUGGAUAAUUAUGUCCAAUAUUUUUAUUUAUUUUUAAAAAGCAUAUAAGCUGAAUAUAUUUAUGAACGCAAAAACUGAUACAUGUAUUUUUAUACACAAUGAAUUAUUGUUAUAUAAUGCAGAGCAUUGAUUUCUAUUGUUAAAUGAGAUAAACAAAUUGAACAACAAUAUACUUUUUUUGUGGGUAUAUGUUGCAGGAUGAAUUACUUGAAUCUUUUGGGCAAAUUUUAGAAGUAAUUUUUCAAAUAUUUUAUUCCAUUUGAAUAGUUUAUUUUUGGCAGCUGAAUCAACUUUUAAGAUCUCUUCAUGUUUGCUUUAGUGCUCUUCUAAAUUUAGGGGGGUUGGAUGGCCAAAUGAUUAGCACCUGCAUGCUGUAUCAUAAGGUCUAUCAUUGAGUCAACUGGUGUGGUUUCGAUUCGCCGGUUUUACGAAACAAGGAGUAGGGUCGCCUGUCCAACCUCGUGGGUUUUUUCUGGUUUCCUCCCAUUUGAACCAUAUGUUAGUCCCGAAAUUACCUAGUUUGUGUCGAGUGGACGUUAGACCCCAUUUCUCUCUCUCUGCUAAAUUUAAAGCCAGGAACCACACCAAUAACUGGAUGAGUCAGCAACUUUUAGUGAGGGUUUACCCCAAAUAGAAGCAUUUUCUAAGAAUAAGCUUGAUGUUAUAUUGAGGGGUGGACUCUAUGUCUGACCUAUAUUUAUAAUUGAAUCAUUUCCAAGAGACCUCUGUAACCCACUAACUUAUAGUAUUACAAUGGCUAGUCUGAACAAAGCUUCAUAUUGUGGUUUAAUAGAAUAAAAAAUCUUAGAAAGUGUUUCCGCAAUUAUUUAUUGUUUGUGAAGGGAUAUGGACUGACUUGGUUGUCUACAGAGUUCAACUGUAGAUAUUCAAUCUAUGGUGCUUAGUUUGAUUUCACAUUUAUCCUACCAUACUCUUUGGUUUCAUCCGCCACUUAUCAAGACACCUGGAUGUGAAAUAUUCCAACUCCAGUUUAGGAUGU